CAACUCAUGCACCUUUUUCUUUAUUUGCUUGUGAUUUUAAUACGAUAUGGAAUCUAAACAAAGGCCCCCGCAAAAAAUAAAUAAAUAGAGAAUCUAAAGAAAGGCAUCCUUACAUGGCAGAAUUCCAUCACAUUAUAUGCUUAUAUUCAUUUAUUUGUGUACUGUUACUACUAAUAAUAAUGCAAAAUACCCUCUGACAUAUGUGUUAUUUUGCUAAAAAAAAAGUUUCAAGAAGUCAAUUCUGUGUGCUACUUAAAACUUCUGAAAGAAGUAUCAUUGCAUACUGGCAGAGCAUGCUGAUUGUUGGUUUCAGGAGUAAGAGCACAACAGCCAAAAGGAAUUGUAUAAUUUGCGGACAACGUAUUAGUAAGAGGAGAAGAACACAACAUAAUUUUCAGAAGAUAAGUCGGGGGCAGCUUAAUUUACAGAGGACAAGACCAUGUCUGCUUAAUUUUCAGUCUCUUCCCGAGGAUAUUGUACUAAGGGUAAUAUCAAAAUUAACAUUAAAGGAAGUCGCUCGGUUGAGUGUUGUGUCAACAAACUGGAGACAGGCUUGGACAUUCCAUCCUAAUCUGUACUUUGGUAUUAAAACAGUCCUUGGAAAUAAUGCCAAGAGAAAAGGAACAAGCUCUGAUCUGAACUGUAGAAUAUCAAGUGCUAACAAGUUCAUUAAAAGGGUUGAUGCUAUUCUGGAAAAACAUUGUGGAACAAUGGUAAAUAAGUUUGCUGUUAAGUUUGGUUUGUCAAAUGAGCAUGCUAACCAUGUCAAUGGCUGGGUUGCGUUUGCUAUUGCAUCAAAGGCAAGGGUUAUCAUUCUUGACUUCUCCCCAGAUUGGAAAUCACAUGAAAACAACUAUGACUUUCCUUGUCAUAUUUUCGACAAACAUAAUGGAUCUUACCUUGAGGCUCUUCGGCUUGACAGUGUUACUUUGAAUCCACCUCUAGAUUUCUGCGGAUUUGCAAACCUUAAACUGCUUGCUCUUGACAAUGUUAGGUUGCAACAUUUAGAGCAGUUAAUAUCGAAAUGCCAUGUUCUAGAGUGGUUAAGCAUCCAAUCAUGUAACCAGCUGCAUAAUUUACAUGUGUCGGAACCAUUAUGCCGUCUGCAAUGUUUGUCAAUUCAGGGUUGUCAUUUACAAAGAAUGGAGUUACAUGCUCCGAAUCUCACAACAUUUGAGUACGACGGUUCCCUGGCAUUGGUAACGCUCAAUGAAUGCUCCAAUAUCAAAGCAUCAACCAUCAGACUUUUUGAUGAGAAAACCCUCCAAAAUAUAUUAACUGGAAUUCCAAGUGUAUUACCUCAUGUUGAAACGUUAUACGUUGAAGUUAAUGUCAAAACUCAGAUGUCUGGAUUUACACAAUCGCCUCUCAAGUUCACUCAAUUGAAGUGUAACUUUGGAAAUAACUUUUGAGAGAGGUUCAUUCGAUAGAAAUUCAGUCUCCAGUUGGCUUAUCUUUUCGUAGCAGCUCCAUUUUUGGAGGAUCUUUAUUUGGAUGUAAGUAGCUAUAUCAUUUGUGUUAAGAAUAUAUGUAUUAGUGUGUAUGUGUUAAGGGGUAUUUCUGUCUUUUUGCGUUGUACUCUUCUCAACAUAUUAGCCCUUAGGGCCAACUCAAUGGAUGAACAGUUUAAUCCCCAAUUUCAUUAUAGAAUUCACAUGGUAUCAGAGCCUCUCUCCAAACCCUAGCUGCCAAAUCGCCGGCGAGCCAUCGUUGUCGUCGUUCAUCCUCGUCCAUCAGUCAGUCGUCGUCUUCGUCUCCAAGCAGCAAGCCCGCGGCUCGUCGUCGUCACCGCGUUCCCAUUCGCCGGUCGCAGCCGCCGUCCGUUGCGGCGCCGCGCCCGCUUCUCCACCAUCCACUCUCGCUGCCACGCCCGUCGCGUCGCUUAUCCACGCCGCUCGUCCCCACCAUUCUUCAGGUCGCGGAGCGUGUCCUAGCUGCCGGCGGCAAGCCGCCGCCGUCGUCCGCAACGGCUCCAGUUUUGGCCGGGCGUCCUUGCACCGAGGUCAUCGCUGCUCGUCUCCAUUGCUGGGCAGCAUGGCCGUUGUGGUUGUCUGCUUGUCGCCCAGCCGCAUGAGGCUUCGGGAGAGUCCUUCGUGAGCAAAGCAGCAGAAAGCUAGAAACCCAUCUAUGGAUCAUCUCCCUGUCGGAGCUGGUCCUCAUCAUCAUCAGCUCCCCGUCGGAGCUGGCCUUCAUUGUCACUUCAUCAUCUCCACAUCGGAGCUUCUCAUCAUCAUCAUCAAUCAGUGAAGGUCCGAAGAACAGUUUGUGAAGGGCCUUCAUCAACAUCAAUGUCUCAUCAUCAGUCAAAGGACCGAAGAACAAUUUGUGAAGGUCUAUUGUCAUCAUCAUCAACAACAUCUCUGAAUCAAUGAAGAGCCGAAGAACGGUUCGUGAAGGCUUCAAGGUAUCGAGGGCCGAAGAACAGUUUGUGAAGGCUCCAAGGUCCACUUCAUUGAGGAGGGGAUACAUCUUUUCUUCUCCAUCAUCCAAGAAUUGGCACACUUCGACGAUAUCAUCAAGACUUUGGAGAUAGGCUAAUAUUUAGUUUGUGUUCUCUUGUUUAGUUUUCACUCCAAAUGCAAUGUUAUUGUAUACACAUUGCAUUUGAGUGGGGGUGUUAAGAAUAUAUGUAUUAGUGUGUAUGUGUUAAGGGGUAUUUCUGUCUUUUUGCGUUGUACUCUUCUCAACAUAUUAGCCCUUAGGGCCAACUCAAUGGAUGAACAGUUGAAUCCCCAAUUUCA